UAUUGAGUGAAGCAAGAAACAAAAAAAUAGCACCACUAAAACCCAUCUUUANUUUUUUCUUUCUUUAGUCUUUACUCAUUUUUCUCUAAAAGGAAAAUAAAUUCAGUCACAGACCAAACCAAACUCCCCACAAGCAAAUCUUCCACCUCUCACCCACCUCAAAUUUCCUUCACAAACACAACCAGCACGCCUGCAAAUCUGCAGAUUUGAGCUUAAACCCAUUUGAAUUUUUCUUUGCCCCCUUUUUCCCCCUGAAUUUUGAUGGGAAAAUGAAGAAGCUGAAGAACUACUACCUUCAGUUCAAGCAACCCAAAUCAAAAUGGGUAACAAUGGAGAGAAAGUGGAUCUUCCCACUGGCCAUCGGCUCCGUCGUUUCCCUUUUCCUGCUCUUCCUAACCACCUUGACCUCCCCCGACGGUGUGCCCCUCUUCCCCCUCCGGCGGUAUUACUCCCCCUCCGCCGCGGCCGCUGCCGCCGCCUCCAUCUUCGUCGAGCCGAGGCUGAAACCCUUGCCGAUCAGCGAUCUACCCCCGCCGCCGCGGCUGGCCUACCUGAUUUCCGGCUCCGCCGGCGACGGCGCUAUGCUCCGCCGCACGCUCGAGGCGCUCUACCACCCCAACAACCAGUACGUCGUGCACCUCGACGCCGAGUCUUCGGAGGCCGAGCGGCUCGAUCUGCGCAAUUACGUCAGCAACCACUCGAUCUUCCGGAGGUUCGAGAACGUGCGGAUGAUUACGAAGGCUAAUUUGGUCACAUACCGUGGGCCCACCAUGGUGGCCAACACUCUGCACGCGGCCGCAAUUCUGUUGAAGGAAGGCGGGAAUUGGGACUGGUUUAUCAACCUCAGCGCGUCUGAUUAUCCAUUGGUGACUCAAGAUGAUCUGCUGCAUACAUUUUCAUACUUGCCGCGGGAUCUUAAUUUCAUGGAUCAUACAAGUGACAUUGGCUGGAAAGAAUUCCAGAGGGCGAAACCAGUUAUCAUUGAUCCUGGUUUGUAUAUGACGAAAAAGACCGAUGUGUUCUGGAUUUCACAGAGAAGAAGUGUGCCGACAGCAUUUAAGCUCUUUACAGGAUCUGCUUGGAUGGCCCUAUCUCGCUCGUUUAUCGACUACUGCGUGUGGGGCUGGGACAAUCUCCCGCGCACGGUUCUCAUGUACUACGCGAACUUCCUAUCUUCCCCCGAAGGCUAUUUCCACACGGUCAUCUGCAACGCUCCCGAGUUUCGAAACACGACAGUUAACAGCGACCUUCACUUCAUCUCAUGGGACAAUCCUCCGAAGCAGCACCCGCAUUACCUCACGCUCGACGACAUGCAGAGGAUGGUCGACUCGAACGCCCCUUUCGCCCGGAAAUUCCACCGAGACGACCCGGUGCUCGACAGGAUCGACUCGGAGCUUCUUUUUAAAGGGAAAGGGAUGGUUGUUCCCGGCGGGUGGUGCGUGGGGCCCACGGGAAACGGGUCCAACCCGUGCUCGGUUAUAGGGGACGACACGAAGGUGCUGAGGCCGACGGAAGGGGCCAGGAGGCUCGAGAAGCUCACGGGUUUUCUUCUGUCGGAAGGUAAUUUCAGGCCAAGACAAUGCAAGAAGUAAAACGGGUCGAGUAUUGGGUCGUGAUUCUUGAUUUGGGCUCUCGAGCAGUGGGAUUUUGUUCGGGCAGGCUGUUUUAUUUACAUGGGCUCGAAUUUCCGGGGCUGUUGCGAGCCGGGGGACAGGCUCGGGACAAGAUGAGAUUUUUCUUAUAAUCAAGAAGAGAUAUGGGNNUGGGUUUGCUUGAAUGUGUUGUGUAAUACUACAAGU